AUGGCCACUCUCUCCUACCUCCCUCCCGUUAAGCCUUCGGCCAUCGCUGUCGGCACUGCCUUCAACCACCUCGCCUCCCUCGCCAUCCUCGGCCCCGUCUUCGGUGACACCUACCGUCAGGCCCAGGCUGCCAACUCCAAGGAGGAGUUCUUCAAGUCCAAGGAGACUGCCUCGGCUGCCGCUGCCUGGGGUACUUCCCUCGCCGGCUCUGCCCUCCAGUCCUACGGUGUUGGUGCUCUCCUCAACGCCACUGGCACCCUCUCCUACAAGGGCGCUGCCUACCUCGGUGGCCUGAUCUUCGCUGCCUCUUCCGCUCCUUCCUUCAUUGCCCAGAUCUUCACCGAGAAGCGCCCUCUUGACACCGUCGCCGUCGGUGCUCUUGCCCGCGUCUUCGAGACUGUCGGUCUCUCCAUGUUCCUCACCUACUGGGGCACCCGCACCAACCCCUUCUCAUAA